CGGCCUGCCACGCAGCGCCGAAGUCCGACGCGCGCCAGCAUGGUCCACCGAGUUCAGCGGUACUAGUAGCACUUUGGGGCCGAUCGCUCAUUAUCUCAUUCAUCAUGGUCGCGCCGCAGCUUCAAUUGACGUACUUUGCCAUCCCUGGCCGCGCCGAACUCAUUCGCCUCGUGCUCGCGUACGGCCACGUGGCCUUUGACGACAUUCGCCUCUCGUUCCCCGAGUACUUUGAGAAGAAGGGCUCGCUCGACCUGCCGUUCGGCCAAGUGCCCACGCUUCGUGUCAACGACAAGGUCACGUACGCGCAGUCGCUUGCCAUUGCGCGCUACGCCGCCAAGCUCGCGGGUCUCUACCCCGCCGACGCGCUCAUGGCGCUCGAGGCCGACGCGGUCGUCGACGCGAUCCUCGAGCUCGUCAACGUCGUCGUCGACGCCGUCUUCAAGACCAAGGACGAGACGCUGCGCGCGACCAAGUUUGAGGCCAUCAACAGCGAGGUCUUCCCGCGCAUGCUGCAGCAGCUCGAAGCACGCGUGGCGGGUCCGUACUUUACGGGCGCGCAGAUCACGUUUGCGGACGUAUACCUCUUGGACUUUUUCUUGAACACGCUCGCCAACGACAGCGUCACCGUCUCGCUUGCCGCGUACCCCAAGCUCCAGGCCAUCGUCGACCGCACGCGUGCGCUGCCGCAGCUUCAGGCGUACUUGAGCAAGUAAUGUUGUCGCUUGUUAGUUUUCAAUACACCUCUAUUAUGCUCCGAGA